AUGCCUAAAGUUCAAGCUGAUUAUUCUUUCGAAGGAGGAGUACCGGAAACUCCUUUUAAAUUACACGAAUCAAUGCAUGGAAAAUUGGAUCCAACAUAUGUCGAAUUUUUCAACACAACCGUUGCUUAUGAACCAAAUAUCAUAUAUACACAUCGUGUACCAUUAGAUAAAUUGAGAAAAGGAGGAAAUGUGAUUCCCGGCCAAUCACCCAAGUUGGAGAUGGCUGAGAUAUACGAUAUCAAAAUUCCAAGGAAGUAUACUAGCGCACCUACAUCAAUACCAGCUAGGGUUUUUGUUCCAAAAGGCGACGUACCAGCCGAAGGAUUUCCACUUCUCUUAUGGUUCCAUGGCGGUGGAUGGGUUUUAGGUGGCUUAGAUACAGAGAACUCUUAUUGCACUAAGGUUGCCGACAUUUGCAAAUGCAUUGUGGUGACUGUCGACUAUAGGUUGGCUCCAGAGCAUCCGUUCCCAGCUUGUGUAGAUGAUGCAUUUGAAUCAGUAAUGUGGGCAUUCCAAUCUGGACCAAGCGAAUUGAAUAUAGACAACCUGAAAAUUUGCUUGGGUGGUUCGUCAGCAGGCGGUAAUCUUACGGCAGUCGUCACUCAUAAGUAUGCUUCAAGUCCAUUAUCUGUUCUGCUCCCAAAGAUUAAAUUUCAAUUGAUGAUUGUUCCCGUCACAGAUAAUUCCGCCUCGCCAGAAACUCAUCUUUCGUGGCGUGAGAAUGAGUACACUCCACAACUACCAUCUGAGAAAAUGUUGUGGUAUAGAACUUUAUAUCUACAAAAUGGGGAAGAAGAGUUGACUAAUCCAGAAUCGUCUCCAAUUUUUUAUUCUGAUGAAAGUUUUGCAAAGGUCCCACCUUGCUUCAUAGCAGCUGCUGAAUGUGACGUUUUGAGAUCAGAGGCUGAAGAAUAUGCUGAAAAAUUAAAGAAAAACGGAAUUUCAACUACAAUUAGAAUAUAUCCCAAGGUGCCUCAUACCGCGAUGGUUAUGGAUGAGGUUUUGCAGCAAGGGAAGGAUCUAAUUAAUGAUACUACUUUGGCGGUCAAAAGCGCCAUCAGCAAUUAG